AUGAAUAGAAAAUCUAAUACUAGCAAGAGUAAGAAUGAAAAAGAUAGAGUGGGAGACAGUUCCAGAAAAUCGAAGUGAGUUUAAGAUAUGAAAACGUUUAUUGUUAAUAACAUAAAAUUGAUUUCAGGAUUUCGUCGUUGUUCAGUUUCAAAUCAUUGUAAGUUUUCAAAAAAGCUCAUCGAAUCGAAACAUUACGAAAAAAUGAAUUGAUUUAGGAAGAAAUCAAGUCGUGACACCAAAUCGAAAAAACACCAAAAAAGUAAAAGGAAAUCUGAUGUACCUGGUGCAAAGAAAACUGUUCCAAUUCCUGAUAAGAUGAGAGUAAGUACGUUUUCAAAAUAACAUUCCAAUAAAUGAGUUUUCUUACAGAUAGAUAAGCCGCAAGAGAAUAAGCCGAUCGAAGAAAUCCAGGAACCACAGAAAAGCAAAAUUCAAGUUCCAGUAGAAGAGAAUAAAAUCGCAGAAAUUGUGGACGAAAAGAAAGAAAUGCCACCAACAUCGACACUAUCAACAUACAGUACCAAAACAUCUGUUCAAACCACAGAAACUGUUUCUGUAAUGCCUACUAUUGAAGUCCAACAGGAACCAACACAAAAAGAACAAGAACCUUUACCAACAAAAGUCAAAUCCAUUAGUUUGAUUGCACAACUUGAUAUUGAAAAAGAUGUUAUUCAAGCUACUCAAAAAGUUAAAAUGGAUGAUGGUUAUGAAGAUUUCGAUCCAUCAAAAGCGCAAAGUUUCAAUCAAUAA